UUCACAAUUCAAACACAUACAAAAAAAAAAAACCCUCUUUCUCUGUCUUUCUCUGACAGAGUUGAGUUGAGACUGUAUACUAAGAGGGUCAUGAAGUCUACAAGUACUCUUUCCUCAGAAAGACUUAGACUCCAUGAUAAAAGAGAGCGAUGGUCCAAAAUGGGAAAGAUAGUCCCUUUCUUGUUCACGUCUUUGGCCAUAGUCACUGUAUUCAGCUUCUUCCUUCUGUCCUCUCCAAACCGUUUUAAGGUCAUUCCCAAACAAGGCCUUAGUUCUGUCCAAAACCUUCAUGCAGUUCAAGAGAACCGUUCCAAAACUCAUUUUGAAGAGGUGGAAAAUUGUGACUUGUUUAAAGGUCACUGGGUUCCAGAACUGAGAGGCUCUCUCUAUACCAAUUCAAGCUGUACAACUAUUCCUGAUUCGAAGAAUUGUUUCAAAAAUGGAAGACAAGAUACAGAUUUUCUUAACUGGAGAUGGAAACCUGAAAAGUGUGAGCUACCAAGGUUUGAUGCCAAGGCCUUUUUGGAGAUGGUUCGAGGCAAGAAUAUGGCGUUUAUUGGAGACUCGGUGGCUAGGAACCACAUAGAGUCCCUGCUUUGUCUUCUGUCACAGGAGAAAAUGCCUUUAGAAAUUUACAAGGACACUGAAGAUCGGUUCAAGAAAUGGUUCUUUCCCAGUCAUGAUUUCACCCUUAUGAUUCUGUGGACCAAGUUUCUCAUAGUAGGAGAAGAGAGAAUGGUCAAUGGAACAGGGACCAGCGCUUUCGAUCUCCAGCUUGACAAAGUGGAGAAUAGCUGGGCUGAUUUCCUUCCCCAACUAGACUAUGCCAUAAUCUCUGAUGGACAUUGGUUCUUCCGAGUUAUGUAUCUUCACCAAGGCAAUAACUUAACAGGCUGCGUCUACUGCAACGAACCAAACAUCACAAAACACAACAUUAGCUUUGCAGUUCGAAUGGCGUUUAGAAAAGCAUUUGAUUACAUCAACGCCUGCAAGAACUGCACUGGUCUUGUAACUCUGACGAGGACAUUUGCACCAGCUCACUUUGAGAAUGGCUUUUGGAACACUGGAGGUUACUGUAACAGGACGAGUCCCCUGAGUGAAGCGGAUACCAAUUUGGGGAAUUUCGAGUGGGAAAUGAGGAACAUCCAGGUGGAAGAGAUGGAGAGGGCAAGAGAAAUUGGAAAGAAGCAAGGAAAGAAGUUUGGAGUUGUGGAUGUGACAAGGGCUAUGCUGAUGAGACCAGAUGGGCAUCCUGGGUCUCACUGGGGCAACAAAUGGAUGAAAGGUUACAAUGACUGUGUCCACUGGUGCAUGCCAGGCCCUGUAGAUCAUUGGAACCAUUUUUUGAUGGCAGUUAUGAGGAAGGAGUCGGGUUUAUUUUAUUGAUACAAGAGUUUGGUUCUAUAGAACUAUAGAACUAUACACCAUACUGAUUUUACAUCUAUUUAUUUGUGUCCAAUUUUCUUAAAUGGACAUACAUGAUAUUCUCAAUAAAAUUUAUUAUGGGCAUGGUUAUGCUGUUGCAAAUAA